AUGUUGGAAGCUUGACAAGUUAUGAUACUGUGCAUGGCAGUAGCAGGUAUGUUUAGUGUGACACAGACUAUUGGCAGCGUGUUAUGCUGCAAGUGCGGCAUCUUAAUGCCACCAAAUGCUGCAAACAUGUGUGCCAACUGCCUCCGCUCCCACGUCGACAUAACCGAAGGCCUUCAGAAGCGCGCCAACAUCAGCUAUUGCCCCCAAUGCGAACGCUACCGCCAACCACCCACCACUUGGAUUAAAGCACAACUCGAGUCCAAAGAGCUCCUCACCCUGUGCCUCAAGAGUCUCAACAAUCUCAACACUGUCCGCAUCGUUGAUGCACACUUCAUUUGGACCGAACCUCACUCCAAGAGGAUUAAGAUCAAGUUGAGGGUCCAGAAAGAGGUUCUUCGUGGAGCAAUACUGGAACAAGCCUACACGAUUGAAUACGAUGUGCAUGAUCAGUUGUGUCAAUCUUGCCUCCCGCCUAAAGUUGCUGCUAGUUUGGGGAAUCUCGGACCGCUACUGAUAUGCCAUAAAGUAAGCAGCAGCAUAGCUCUAUUGGAUCCAUUCACACUUAGGCAAUGCUUCUUAGAUGCUGAGCAGUAUUGGAGAUCAUCAUUUCAGCCCUUAUUGUCGAGCAGGCAGCUUAGGGAAUACAUAGUUUUGGAUGUUGAGCUGGUUUCUUCUGAAGUGAGCGUAGGCGGUUCAAGAUACACCUUGGCUGAUGCUCAUGUUGCUCGUGUGUCGGAUUUUGGGAAGAACGAUAGGCGUUUCAUUGUGAGAACACAUCUGGGGAAUCGCUUGAGUGCUGGGGACUAUGCUCUUGGUUAUGACCUUUAUGGUGCCAAUAUUAAUGAUAUGGAAUUAGAGAAAUACAAAAAUCUUAAUAUCCCAGAUGUGAUACUGAUUAAGAAGAGCUAUGGGCAGAAGAGGCAAGGCAAGUCUCGCUCGUGGAAGCUCAAGUCUCUCAACAUGGAGGUUGACCAUGGUGCCAAGGACAAGAUGAACUCAGAGUAUGAACAGUUCUUGAGGGAUAUCGAGGAAAAUCCUGAUUUGAGAUUCAAUCUCUCACUCUACCGCAAUAAUGGCGAGGAAGUUCAAGUUCCUUUGGAGGAGCUGCUUGCGGAUCUCGACCUAGCUCAUCAGCAGGAUUCUCAUGAUGAUAUGGAAGAGUAAUUUUAGUGUGUGUCUUUGGAAUUACAUAUUUAUUUAUUCCAUUUUGUUUAUGCAUAUUGUUUGAUGUGUGCUAUUACUGAUCGAGCAUCAGUACUUGCUACUCGC